AUGUCCCUGAACUCCGUCCUCCUUCCUCAGGUGUUAGGAGCAGCAGGAGAUGCUGUCUCCAACCAGAGGAGGAGGAGAAGCUGGGUCUGGAACCAAUUCUUUGUCCUGGAGGAGUUCACCGGAGAAGAGCCACUGUACGUGGGGAAGCUCCACUCUGACUUGGAUAAAGGUGACGGACAGGUGAGGUACGUCCUGAGUGGUGAAGGUGCAACGUCCAUCUUCACCAUUGAUGAGAACACGGGAGAUAUCCACGCCACCAAGAGGCUGGACCGUGAACAGCAGGCGUACUACACCCUGAGAGCUCAAGCUCGAGACCGAAACACAAACCUACCAGUCGAACCCGAGUCCCAGUUCAUCAUCAAAGUCCAAGACAUCAACGACAAUGAGCCCAAGUUCCUGGACGGUCCAUACACCGCCAGAGUGUCUGAGAGGUCUCCUGUAGGUACGUCGGUGGUGACGGUGGUGGCCACAGAUGCUGAUGAUCCAACUUAUGGAAACUCUGCCAGACUGGUUUACAGCAUCCUGCAGGGUCAGCCAUACUUCUCUGUGGAGCCAAAGACAGGUGUGGUGCGGACGGCUUUACCUGACAUGGAUCGGGAGGUGCGGGACCAGUACCUGUUGGUCAUCCAGGCCAAAGACAUGAUUGGUCAGAUGGGAGGUCUGUCAGGAACAACCUCCGUUACAGUGACCCUGAUCGAUGUCAAUGACAACCCUCCUCGCUUCCCCCGCAAGAGCUACCAGUUCAGUGUUCCAGAGUCUCUACUGGUGUCAGCUGUGGUUGCUAAGAUCAAAGCUCUGGAUCUGGAUGUUGGUCCAAAUGCUGAGAUGGACUACAGGAUCCUAGACGGAGAUGGACUGGGAACCUUCAGGAUCCUCACUGAUCCAAACACACAGGAAGGACUGGUCAUCCUCCACAAGACUCUGGACUUUGAGACCAAGUCCAGCUACACUUUGCGUGUCGAAGCGUCCAAUCGUUACGUGGACACCCGUUUCCUGUCUGUGGGUCCAUUCAGUGAUCUGGCAACAGUUCGUCUGCUUGUGGAAAACGUGGACGAGCCUCCGGUCUUCUCGUCCUCCAUCAGUCAGAUGGUGAUCUCAGAGGCAGCUGCAGUAGGAACUGAUGUGGGAUCAGUUACAGCUCACGACCCCGACGCCACCAGCAGUCCUGUCAGGUUCUCUAUAGACCAGAGGUCAGAUGUGCAGCGUUACUUUACCAUUGACAGUAGUUCCGGUCUGAUCAGAACAAACCGACCUUUAGACCGAGAGACCUCUGCUCUGCACAACAUCACCGUCCUCGCAACAGAGAGCCUGGAUCCUUCUCAGGUGGGGAAAGCUGUGGUUCUGGUGUCUGUGACGGACAUUAACGACAAUGCUCCGAGCUUCGCCAUUGAAUACCAACUGUUCGUCUGUGAGAACAGCAAACCUGGACAGAUUGUUGAGACUCUCAGCGCUGUGGACCGAGAUGAACCUGAGAACGGGCAUCACUUCCUGUUCUCUCUGACCACUGAGGCUGCAGGGAAUCUCAAUUUCACCCUGAGAGACAACAAAGACAACACAGCGUCUGUCCUGACUCGGCGUGGUGGUUUCCUGCAGCGGGAUCAGUUGGUUCACUUCGUGACGGUGGUGAUUUCAGACAGCGGCAGUCCGUCUCUCAGCAGCACCACCACGCUGUCUGUCACUGUCUGUGACUGUGAUCUCGAUGGACACCGACGCUCCUGCAGCCAGAGAGCGUCACCACUGCUGGUGGUCGGACUAAGCACCGCCGCCACCGCCGCUGUCCUCACCUGUGUCCUCACACUGCUGGGUGUCGUCAUGGUAACGGUCGUCAUCAGACACAGGAAGAGGGAGCCUUUGAUGAUGAACGAUGAGCGAGAGAUUCUUGAGAACAUAGUCCGUUAUGAUGAUGAAGGUGGAGGUGAGGAGGACACUGAGGCCUUCGACAUGUUUGCUCUGAGGCACCUGAACCAAACAAUCCAAACCUACCAAGACCCCGACCUCCACCCCGACCACCAUCCGCCGGGACUCCCCAGAAGACCACAGCCUAGCAUGGAAAAAAACCAGCUGUUCCAGGAGUUUAUCAAGGACAGACUGCAGGAGGCAGACCUGGAUCUGACGGCCCCCCCUUAUGACUCUCUGCAGACCUAUGCCUUUGAAGGCAGCGGGUCGACUGCAGAGUCACUCAGCUCAUUAAACUCAGUAGACUCGUUAGACUCAUUAGACACAUUAAAUUCAUUUAACUUGUUAGAGUCUGAGCAGAACUAUGACUUCCUUAGAGAGUGGGGGCCGAGGUUCAGGAAGCUUGCAGACCUCUACGGAAACCACAAGGGGGGUGGGGGCUCAUCAUAG